CAGCACUUGCACUGCAGACAAAAACAUUGUAUACGACUUUUAGGCUUGAGUAGCACACACCCACACCCCUGUAAACUCUCCCUGAAACUGCCUCAGAGAGGAACGCUCCGUCUCAUUCACACUUGGUUAUAACCUAACAAGCGUGAACAUAGCCUACUGAUGGCCAGUAAAUCCUGGCUUACUCAUCAAGCGACACUGAUGCUGCUCUUAAUUUCCUGGAGGGAGAGCAUGCAUUGCAAUGGACUUACAGUGGAUCCUCCUGAAGACCUUGUGAUAGUAGACCCUGGCCAUCUUGGACAUCUCGAGAUUACAUGGAGCCCCCCUGCCAGCUUGAUUAAUAUGACAGAGUGUCCAAAACUGUAUCAGCUGGAGUACUUCAACACAUAUAUGGACAGCUGGACUGCUAUCAGGACAGAUAGGAGGACACACAGUGCCCAGUUUGAUCUGAUGAAAGAUGUUAGAGUGAGAGUGUACACCUUGCUGAGUGGACCCUGCACCAACGGCACUAUGAUUAAAAGCACAAGCUACAUUGAAGUGGUCCAAAAACCUCCCAGCACAGGUGUUGUGGGUACCGCCAUUCAGGAUUUUGUCUGUGUGUACCAUAACAUGAAGUACAUGGAGUGCAAUUGGGGAAGAAGCCCAAAGAUGCUGGCCAACUCACAGCAAAAUCUAUAUUUCUGGCACAAGAAGCUGGAACAGGCAGAGGAAUGCCCGAAAUACCUGAUUUUGAACGGAGCCAGGGGUGGCUGCAACUUCACAGAGAAGUCUCUCCCUAAGUUCACUGAUAUCAACUUUUGUGUUAAUGGUUCCUCUCCUGAAGGGCCCCUGAAACCAACAUUCAUCUCCCUGCAAAUCCAAAACCACGUGAAGCCUGAAACCACAGAGAAGCUGCACCUGCAAACAGGUCCAGACACGCAGCUGGAACUACACUGGGAAGGUCCUGAUGGGAGUCUUCCUGGACACUGCCUAGAAUGGGAGGUGGAGCACAAUCAAGAGGGACCUGAUGGGAAAAUUGCUUCGCAGCUGAUUUCAACCAAAGAGAUGAGCCUAACUCUGCCCUCCAUCUGCGACAAUAAGAGAAGCUGCGUCAGGGUUAGGUCCAGGUUGAAUAAGUAUUGUGCAGAUAAGAGCUUUUGGAGUGAAUGGGGUCGUCCGACAUGCCAGCCAGAAAUGGCACUGAAACCAGAAUGGGACAUGGUACCUGUCUAUGUAUAUAUCGCUGUUGCCAUCAUCGCCAUACUGGUGCUGUCGCUGUGUGCGGGGGCAGUGCUCAAAGUGAGGAGAUCGAGACAACUGAAGAAGCCGGAUACGCUCGCCACAUUGUUUGCCAGAAAUUCAGUACUUACAUUUGCGGAGGCCUAAAAAGGCAAGAAAAUCUGCACCUUCAUCGCUCUCAAACAGCACCUGUGUUGUAGCAUUCCACCUGUCUAAUUUUUCAGGGUCUCUGUUUGAAAAUCCCACAAGUCAUCGCCUUAGAUUGCAACCACUGCUAACACAUUGCUUAAGACAUGACAUAUUACGCUCAAGGUUAUGGUGGGUUAUUUACCAAAACAUGUAACAUUUACAAACAGUAUUAUAUUACUGUAAUCCAACAUACUGCAUUGCACUUGCUUUUUUUGAUUUACAUUGUUAUGAAAAUGCUUGAGUGUCAUGUUAACUGAAAAUGUUUUGGCAUAAGUAUUACUCUUAAUGAUGGUUUUAUGGUUGGUUUUAUACUUUUUUUUGGUAAAAUUGUUUACUUUUUGCCACAACUCUUGCCAAUUAGUCCAGACAACAAAUAUUUUAUUUUUGUCUAAAUCCAGUAUACAAGGAUAAUAUGUCUGAAAUGCUUUUGUGCUAUGUCUUUAUUGCACACUUCAAGCCAAUGAAGAUUUUAAUCAUCUACAGAAUGUAAAAUGCAACUGAGUGUUCUUUCUUUAAAUGGGUUAAUAGGAAAGAAAUUAAGUGUCAGGUACUUUUAUGUAAUGCCAAGACUGCUUGCCAAGAGUUGUAGAGAGUAAAUUAUAACUCAACAUGUGGCCAAGUUGGCUCAGCUCAAAAUGACUGCAAUGUGUCCGUAGCUGUAAAACUAAAUAUUACCAAAUGUACUCUCCCCUCCUUUUGGCUUUUUAUUGUAUUAAAUGGAAGAGUUGGUCAGAUGUCAUUACUUUUUAAGAGCUAAAUGGAUCAUAAAAAGUCUCUGUAAUGUUACAAGACAUCUAUAUGCCUAACCCUACAUGUCUGUUCCUAAUAACUAAGAAAUAACAGAGUAAUCAAGAUUUUAUAAACAGCACAAACAGGUGAUCAAAUGCAGAUCAACACAUGCAGCUUUCAUGUUCUCAUAUCCAUUGGGACUGUUUCAAGCUCUUACUAUAGUUUAUGUGUUUAUGGGGUCAAUCAUUUCAGCUAUGGUUCAACUACUGUUACUUAAAGUUAUUUCUCAGUGAGUGUUUUGAACCUUGACCUCCUUUAAUACUGUUAUACUGCCUUUUAUGGAAAGAUAAUGCAAGAUUGCAUUUCACAGAGUAUAAUGUUUAAUCAGAUUUUUUUAUGUAUUGUGUACUACUUCACCUCAGAAUUGAAUAGGUGAUAUUUGACAUGUGUUCCUGGGUUGUAGAAAGAAAUUACUGUCCACUUGCUACAAUAAAAAACGAUUUAUUUUUCAAAUACUUCUGUAAAGAAGGACAGCUUGUUGUUUUUUGUAAUAGGGCACAAUGUGGGAUUCACUUUGAUAAGAUGUUUAACAAGCUACUGGAUAUCUGCAAUGUUUUUUGUUUCAUUUAAUGGCCUAUUCAAAAUAAAGUGUACUGUUGAAAGCACUA